CUUGGCUGCUUGCAGGUUUCACUGGAAACACCAGCCGCAGGGAUGCCAAUCUGAUGUGGUAGAGAAGAGCAAGAGAAGGAGGAACACAAGGAUGAGGUUGGAGCAGUCCUUGCCUCUCCUGGGACUCCUGCUGUGUGUGGUCGGCACCGCAGCUCAGGAGGAAUUCCUGGUGGAGAUUUCCGGAACCACGGUGACAAUCACAUGUCCCUUGACCACAGACAGCAUAAGCUGGAAGUUAACAGGGAUGAAAGAUGGCAGCAGUGAGAAGAAGUACGUUAUAGAGAAUCACGACAGCUCUCCUACCAAUGUGAGUUGUUCGGCAGGUGAAAAGAAGUAUGAAAUGUACCUGAAUGCCAGAGUGUGCACAAACUGUGAGGAGCUGGAUGCCUUGGCCGUGACAGGGAUCAUCACUGCGGACCUUCUCAUUACUUUUGGGGUGCUGAUUCUGGUCUAUUACUUCAGCAAAAACAGGAAGGGGAGAGCAAGCGCUGGCGCUGGCAGUCGGCCACGAGGUCAGAAGAUGCAGCGUCCUCCCCCCGUUCCAAACCCGGACUAUGAGCCCAUCCGGAAAGGUCAGCGGGAAGUGUAUGCAGGCCUGGAAUCCAGGGGCUUCUGA